AGGAACACCGUAGUCAAGGUUCAGCACUGUCAAGGCUGGUAAAUACUUAACAGUCGCUACGCAAAGUAGAAACUCAGAAGUCUACAUCAUAAAUCGCCUGCAAUAACAUAAGGAAGAGAUAAGAUUAACACCUUUUGGAAAAUAGAUCGCCUUUAUAAAGAUUUUCCACAGUGAGUACCGUUAGUUUUUGUGCCGUGUUUCGUGCUGGUGGUGCUGCAGCAGGAUCAUGAGGAAACUUGUUCUUGUACUGCUUUUGGCGGUUCUUCUGACAGCCGUGGAGAAGGCGCGGGCCAAAGUUUACACGCGGUGUGGCCUCACCGCCGAGCUGGUCAACAGAGGAUUCAGCCGGACCUUGGUGGGAAAUUGGGUGUGUUUAGUUGAAAGUGAAAGUGGCAAAGAUACUGCUAAGCUAAUCAAUAAAGCAAAUGGAAGUAAAGGGCUAGGACUAUUUCAGAUUAAUAGUAAGGACUGGUGCAAAUUUGGAGCCAAAGGAGGGAAAUGCAAUAUGAAAUGUGAAGAUUUGAUUAACGAAGACAUCUCCGACGACUCCGUCUGUGCCAGGAAAGUGGAGAAAGAGCUCGGUUUCCGCGCUUGGGAAGGUUGGAUGAGAAGCUGCUACGGUCGAACUUUACCCCUACCGAUUUGCUAGGACAUGUUUUCCAUGCCUACCAGAAGCUAAUUUUUUAGACUAUCAAGAUGCAUGAUAAUGCUAUUUAAUCCAGAACGUUAAUGGAUUUUAUUUAUUAUAAACCACAUGUAAGCGAUACAGAAUUGAAAUGUAUCAUUUUAGCCAGUCGAAUGUGAUAAGUUCAAGGUGGCAAUAAUCUAUGUAAAAGUUUAAAUUAAACUGAUAUUUAGCAAUUGUAAGUGAUUAAAAUGUUACAUCACAUGAUUAAAUGAGUAAUACUACUGUGUAAGAUUAUUUGGAAGUGUGUUAUAUUUAUAUUGCUAGCUCUACAUAAUAUAAUUUACGCGUAUUGUAUGUUUAUUAUUGAGUGCAUCUAAAUUUGUAAACGCAAUGUCAAGCAUGAAAAUAAUGUAUUCCUAGCAAACAUUUUGCCGAUAAAAAGUUAAAUCUAAA